AUGGCAGGGUAUGUCCCAUAUCUUGUUCAUGCAAUUAACAAUAUUCAAAUAACGUUUGAAAACGCCAAUCUGCAAAACAACAUCAACGUCUCCACAGCCCAUUCCACGAUCAUCCUUGGCACCUCCUUCCCUCCGUCAAAGGGAACGUUCAGUGACAUAGUGAAAGAUAGCAUGAACUUUAUUCUCCAAUUUCUUCAAGACCAUGGCUCUCCUUUCAUGGCCAAUGUCUACCCCUAUUUCAGCUACGACAACAACAAGGAUUCCAUCAGUUUAGAUUUCGUUCUUUUUAAGUCCAGAUCUCCCAUGGUGACAGAUGGAGAUUUGUCCUACACCAACUUGCUUGACAUCACAUUCGAUACUCUUCUCUUUGCAAUGGAGACCAUGGCACAUGCAAAUGUGCCAAUUGUGAUAACUGAAAGUGGAUGGCCUUCUAUAGGCAAGGAUGUGGCAACCAUUGGGAAUGCCUAG